CCGCGUCGCUUCGGGGCUCGGAGGGCGGGUUCGCGCUGCCCCUGCCGCCGCCGCCGCCGCCGCCGCCGCCGGGACGCAGCUCGGGGGCGCGGAGCCGGGCGAGGGGCGCGCGGCGGCGCGGCCAUGGGACUGCGCCGGCUCCAGUGACAGCAGGGAGCGGAGCGGCCCGGGCCCUGAGCUCGACUCCUCCAGGGGCCCUCGCCCUCCUGCUCGCGGGGCCGGGGCUCCUGCUGCCGUGGCUGGCGCUGCUGCUGCUGCUGCUGCUGCUGGCGGCUGCGGCGGCGAGGUUCAUCAUGUCGGGCCGUCGCUGCGCCGGCGGGGGCGCGGCCUGCGCCAGCUCGGCGGCCGAGGUGGUGGAGCCCGCCGCCCGCGAGCUGUUCGAGGCGUGCCGCAACGGGGACGUAGAGCGAGUCAAGAGGCUGGUGACGCCCGAGAAAGUGAACAGCCGCGACACGGCGGGCAGGAAGUCCACCCCGCUCCACUUCGCCGCAGGUUUUGGGCGGAAAGAUGUAGUUGAAUAUUUGCUUCAGAACGGUGCAAAUGUCCAAGCACGUGAUGAUGGAGGCCUUAUUCCUCUCCAUAACGCAUGUUCCUUUGGUCAUGCUGAAGUAGUCAAUCUCCUUUUGCAACACGGUGCAGAUCCAAAUGCACGAGAUAAUUGGAAUUAUACUCCUCUUCAUGAAGCCGCAAUUAAAGGAAAGAUUGAUGUUUGCAUUGUGCUCUUACAGCAUGGAGCUGAGCCAACGAUUCGGAAUACCGAUGGAAGGACAGCACUGGAUUUAGCAGACCCAUCUGCCAAAGCAGUGCUGACUGGUGAAUAUAAGAAAGAUGAACUAUUGGAAAGCGCAAGGAGUGGCAAUGAAGAAAAAAUGAUGGCUCUGCUUACACCAUUAAAUGUCAACUGCCAUGCAAGUGAUGGCAGAAAGUCAACUCCGUUGCAUUUGGCAGCAGGAUACAAUAGAGUAAAGAUUGUACAGCUGUUACUGCAACAUGGAGCUGAUGUUCAUGCUAAAGAUAAAGGUGAUCUGGUGCCAUUACACAAUGCUUGUUCUUAUGGUCAUUAUGAGGUGACUGAACUUCUGGUCAAGCAUGGUGCAUGUGUAAAUGCAAUGGACUUGUGGCAAUUCACUCCUCUUCACGAAGCAGCUUCUAAGAACAGAGUUGAAGUGUGUUCUCUUCUCUUAAGUUAUGGUGCAGAUCCAACACUGCUAAACUGCCACAAUAAAAGUGCUAUAGAUUUGGCUCCCACACCACAGUUAAAAGAAAGAUUAUCAUAUGAAUUUAAAGGCCACUCAUUGCUGCAAGCUGCACGAGAAGCUGAUGUGACAAGAAUCAAAAAACAUCUGUCCUUAGAAAUGGUGAACUUCAAGCAUCCUCAGACACAUGAGACAGCAUUGCAUUGUGCUGCUGCAUCUCCAUAUCCCAAAAGAAAGCAGAUAUGUGAACUGUUACUGAGAAAAGGAGCCAACAUCAAUGAAAAGACUAAGGAAUUCUUGACUCCUCUGCACGUUGCAUCUGAGAAAGCUCAUAAUGAUGUUGUUGAAGUGGUGGUGAAACAUGAAGCAAAGGUCAACGCUCUGGAUAAUCUUGGUCAGACUUCUCUACACAGAGCUGCACACUGCGGUCAUCUGCAAACCUGCCGUCUCCUUUUGAGCUAUGGCUGUGAUCCUAACAUCAUAUCCCUCCAGGGCUUUACUGCCUUGCAGAUGGGAAAUGAGAACGUGCAGCAACUGCUUCAAGAGGGUAUUCCGUUGGGGAAUUCAGAGGCUGACAGACAGUUGCUGGAAGCUGCAAAAGCUGGAGAUGUAGAAACUGUGAAAAAACUGUGCACCGUUCAGAGUGUCAACUGCAGAGACAUUGAAGGGCGUCAGUCUACCCCACUCCAUUUUGCAGCUGGAUACAACAGGGUAUCUGUGGUGGAGUAUCUGCUACAACAUGGGGCUGAUGUGCAUGCUAAAGACAAAGGAGGUCUUGUACCUUUGCACAAUGCAUGUUCUUAUGGACAUUAUGAAGUUGCAGAACUUCUUGUUAAGCAUGGAGCAGUAGUUAAUGUAGCUGAUUUAUGGAAAUUUACACCUUUACAUGAAGCUGCAGCAAAAGGGAAAUAUGAAAUUUGUAAACUUCUCCUCCAGCAUGGUGCAGACCCUACAAAGAAAAACAGAGAUGGAAAUACGCCUUUGGAUCUUGUUAAAGAUGGAGAUACAGAUAUCCAAGAUUUGCUUAGGGGAGAUGCAGCUUUGCUAGAUGCUGCCAAGAAGGGUUGUUUAGCCAGAGUUAAAAAGUUAUCUUCACCUGAUAAUGUAAAUUGUCGUGAUACCCAAGGCCGACAUUCAACACCUUUACACUUAGCAGCUGGUUACAAUAAUUUAGAAGUUGCAGAGUAUUUGUUGCAACACGGAGCUGAUGUGAAUGCCCAAGACAAAGGAGGACUUAUUCCUUUACAUAAUGCAGCAUCCUAUGGGCACGUAGAUGUAGCAGCUUUACUAAUAAAGUACAAUGCAUGUGUCAAUGCCACGGACAAAUGGGCUUUCACACCUUUGCACGAAGCAGCCCAAAAGGGACGAACACAGCUUUGUGCUUUGUUGUUGGCCCACGGAGCUGAUCCUACUCUUAAAAAUCAGGAAGGACAAACACCUUUAGAUUUAGUUUCAGCAGAUGAUGUCAGCGCUCUCCUGACUGCUGCCAUGCCCCCUUCUGCUCUGCCUUCGUGUUACAAGCCUCAAGUGCUCAAUGGUGUGAGAAGCCCAGGAGCUCCCACGGAUGUUCUGUCUUCAGAUCCAUCCAGCCCAUCAAGUCUAUCUGCAGCCAGCAGUCUUGAUAACUUAUCAGCGAGUUUUUCUGAAUUAUCUUCGGUAGUUAGUUCAAGUACAACAGAAGGUGCUUCCAGUUUGGAAAAAAAAGAGGUUUCAGGAGUAGAUUUUAGCAUAACUCAGUUUGUAAGGAAUCUUGGACUUGAGCACUUGAUGGAUAUAUUUGAAAGAGAACAGAUCACUUUGGAUGUACUAGUUGAGAUGGGGCACAAGGAGCUGAAGGAGAUUGGAAUCAAUGCUUAUGGACAUAGACACAAGCUCAUUAAAGGAGUUGAGAGACUUAUCUCUGGACAACAAGGUCUUAACCCAUAUUUAACUUUGAAUACCUCUGGCAGUGGAACAAUUCUCAUAGAUCUGUCUCCUGAUGAUAAAGAGUUUCAGUCUGUGGAGGAAGAGAUGCAGAGUACAGUCCGUGAACACAGAGAUGGAGGCCAUGCAGGCGGGAUCUUCAAUAGAUACAAUAUUCUGAAGAUUCAGAAAGUUUGUAAUAAAAAACUAUGGGAGAGAUAUACUCACCGGAGAAAAGAAGUGUCUGAAGAAAACCACAACCAUGCAAAUGAAAGGAUGCUGUUUCAUGGGUCUCCCUUUGUGAAUGCAAUUAUCCAUAAAGGCUUUGAUGAAAGGCAUGCAUAUAUAGGUGGCAUGUUUGGAGCUGGGAUUUACUUUGCAGAAAACUCCUCCAAAAGCAAUCAGUAUGUAUAUGGAAUUGGAGGAGGUACUGGGUGUCCAGUUCACAAAGACAGAUCUUGUUACAUUUGCCACAGGCAGCUGCUGUUUUGCCGGGUGACCUUGGGAAAGUCUUUCCUGCAGUUCAGUGCAAUGAAAAUGGCGCACUCCCCUCCAGGUCAUCACUCAGUCACUGGUCGACCCAGUGUCAAUGGCCUAGCAUUAGCUGAAUAUGUUAUUUACAGAGGAGAGCAGGCUUAUCCCGAGUACUUAAUUACUUACCAGAUUGUGAGGCCUGAAGGUAUGGUUGAUGGAUAAAUAGCUGCUUUAGAAAACUAAUUCCACUGAACCUAAAAUCACCGAAACAGUCGGUGGCCUCCACUUUAACUUGUUUGCUGAAAAAGUUAUCUUGUCCACAGAUCUGUGGCAGAAGGCUAAAGUAUGAAGCAAGUUUAACAUUCUGAGUUGAUAGAGCUUUAAUAAUGUACAGUGUUUUCUAGAUAGUUCCUGUUUUUUAGCACUUUAACAGAUGCCAUUCCAGGUUAAACUGGGUCUGUCUGUACUAAAUUAUAAACAGAGUUAACUUGAAUCUUUUAUACAUUAUGCAUUGAUUGAAACAAAAACUACAAUGUCCUCGCCAGAACUCAUUUUAUUAAUACAGUACUGUGUUCGUUAAAGCACAGGAUUUACACUGAAUAAUACAAUUUCAUUUGUAAAACUGUAAAUAAGAGCUUUUGUACUAGCCCAAUAUUUAUUUACAUUGCUUUGUAAUAUACCUGUGUUUUAGAACCGCAGCGGUUUACAUAGUUCUACCUGUUGCUCCAUCCAUAUUUCAUCUUGCGUUGCCAUGGUUUGAUUCCAGAGGCUGUGUUGAGUUGUUGAGGAAAUUGACUUACCAGAUUGAAUUUGCUGAUAGAAACAUUUGUCUCCCAUUAGAAAUCUUUUUGUUUUUUAAGAACUUAUUUGAUAAAUACUCCAGGAAUUCUAAUUUCUGACCCCUUUUAUAUCUAUAAGACAACGCAUUUCAGAGAGUUCUAACUAUGAUAAGUUCUAAUUACUAAAGAAGAUUCUUUACUGGCCUCAAACUGUAGGUUUUGCAUUGGACACUUUUCUAAUGUCUUUCUGUGAAAAUUAGAGCUAUUGAUCCUAUUUUUAAAGAGACUAAAUUUUGCUUAUGAACAGUUGUGCUGUUCUUUUCCUGAACUGUAAAUAGGAAGUUAAAUUUCAGAGGUAGAAAGGAUAAUUCUGAAUAAUUUUCCAGUCUGUUUAAAUUACCUUACAUCUAAAAUGGGGGGAAAGUAGUAAAUGGGAAUGGGUAGUUUUUUAUCCAAAGUAUUUUUGUUGAUAUUACUGUGUUUAUAUCCAAUUUUUGUACAUACAUCAUGGGUAGACUCAAAACCAUAAAAUACAGUGGUCUUUCUCUCCUGGCCUCCUGAAUGGACAAGUGCAGUGGCACUGGUGCUCCAUGGUCCUUGGUGACCUCUUUCAUGCUGUUGUGCCCUCUUGGAAAUUCACUUGAGUUUGUGCACCUCAUGGUAACAGACUGGUUUUUUGUUUUUUGUUUUAAAACAUAAAAGUUUCCUCCGUGAAGCCAGCUCGGGUGUCUUGGUACAGAGACACACAUUACAGCAUGGUAGUGUGUGUAUUCACUGUAUUGACUCAACUCCCUGCGCAUCAAGGAAGGGUGUUGGCCCACUUAAGUCUUUGCAGAAGAGGAAGUUACCCUUCACUGUCUGCAACAGUUCAGCUUUGUUUCAUAUUUAAUCUCCAGAUGAACUGGCCUCUUGCAGUAAUUUGUGUGUAACGUGUUAGAAUAUCAUGUUUCCCAUGCUGAAUACGAGUUAAUCAAGCUAAAUGCCUAUCUAGAGUUAUUUCUAUGGUAUAAAUUGUGAUCAUUAUCUAAGACAUCAAAUCUUGACUUCAAAGUACUUUUAUGCAGUCUGAUUGCAGAUAUAGAGUCAUUUCUUGAAACACAAGUGUAUUAUGCCAAAUUUUAUAUCAAAUUUUUCAGGUUCACUGGGUGUCCAGGUUUUAUAAUUAGGAAAUACUAAAUGACCUUAUUCGGGUUCAUAUUUAUAUACCUUCUCUCUCAACAGUUAGCCUAUCUUACUCACCUUGUGAGUGAGUCUGGAAUUGCUUGUCACAUAAAAUCAUUCUAGUCCAUGAGUUUACAAUAUUGCAAAAUGUAUUAUUUCAUCUAUUCCAUUGCUUAAUUUGUACGUCAUUUUUCCAUGAAUGAUUAUAUUGUGGUUACUAUGUUAGCAUGACAGUAUUUCGAAUAACUUUCUGUUUGUUGGGUGGUUGGGUUUGAGGUUUUUUGUUUUCAGGGUUUUUUUGUUUUUAUAAAUACUUUGCAUGAAAUAUCUUACUUUAUAAUGAUGGAAUUGCUUUUUAUUUUUGUCUGGUGUUUUUUUUUUAAGUGAAAUUUAAUUUUUUGUGCAAGUAGUACUAUUAUACCCAUUUUGAGUGUCUUACUUGUACUGUAUCACAUUCCAUACCUUCAUUUAAUUCUUAAUAAACUGUUCACUUGCUUUUCCGGGUAGCAUGGUAAUUACUGAAAUAGUACUAAAUGUGUUGAAUGGUCUUGGGGAAAAUGGAUUGAUUACAAUAAACCUCAUUUGCAGGGAAACAGUGUAGUUCUGAAUCUAAUGUGACCUAAAGAGUGAAGUUUAAAGUUUGGAUUAUUGAAUGCUGUGAUCAAUACUUAUAUAUUUUUUUAAGAUGAAAAAAGCUGGGGCUGACAUGGCAAGCUGGUUAAGCUGCCAUUUGCAACCCUCAAAAUCAGCAUGCUGGCUCCAGUCCCAGUGGCUCCACUUUGAAUCCAGUUUCUUGCUAAUAUACUAUGAAUACAGUGAGUGUUGGUCUGUGUACUUAGACCCCUCCCAGCCACGUGGGAGAGGAGGAGCUUGGCCUCUUGCCUUCUGUCUGGUCUGUUUCUGGCUGUGGUAACCGUUUUGGGAGUGAGCCAGCGAUGAAAGACCUUUGAUAUUGCUUUCCCUUUCCUUAUCCCUCUAUCUUUUCUUCCCUGCCACCUUUUCGUUGUUACCUAUCUUUAAAAUAAAUAAAUCCUUUUUUUUAAAAAAAAAAAAAGAUACAACAAUGUAUCUCAGAUUUCAGUAUGCUUGUGUGUGAUUAAUUCCCUACUUUCCGUGAUAAGAUAAUGUUGAUGCAAAUAACCUAUAAGUCAUUUGACUUUAAAAUACAUUUCAGCAGCUUUAUCUUUCUGCUGUAUUUAGGAUAAUAUUAAAGUGUUUGCUGCUUCCUAAGCUUGCAUGUCAAUAUGUGAUGUGAUCCAGUUGUUUGCAGGUUGAUGAAACAAAAGAAUGUCCAAAUAAAUUUCCCAAAUGUCUUGUGA